GUUUGGAUAUUGCUGCGCAUAAAAGGCCAAAGCUCGCUCCUCAUGGCCAUGUACCAAAUCAAUAAACUAAAGCUACCAAAUUCUACAAAAAGGAAGGAGGCGAGAGAAGGUGGCUUCUCUCUCUAGUCUUAGGCAAGCCAAACUACCAUUGCUACGCUAUAAAAGGCACUCACCAACCAAGUGCCUCCUCCGCUCACCCAGAGCAAAAUCCAUCAAGAGGCCAAGCCAAACCACAGGCCGGAUUAGCCACAUCGAUCCCACUCCUACCUCGCUCUUGAAGAUCUCCACUGAGCACACAAGUGAAGCAGCCAUGCUGCACCAGCACCAUUACCAUGGAGGAGUAGCCACGGCCAACCUUCACUGCCUCACAUCUCCGAACCCAGCAUUCCACGCUCACUGCCACAGCAACAUGAUCGCCAUGCCGUCCACUCCCUUCCACUUCCCGCCUUCUACCUUUGAACCUAUCCACGAAGCACCGGCUGUCGUCGGCAACAGUCCAGCCGGCUCUGGUAGUGCUGAUGAUGCCUACGGCGGCCGCAUGGUGAUGGCAGAGGACGAGCGGAGGCGGCGGAGGAUGGUCUCCAACCGGGAGUCCGCCAGGCGGUCGCGCAUGCGCAAGCAGCGGCAGCUCACCGAACUGUGGGCGCAGGUCGUUCACCUCCGUGGCACCAACCGUCGCCUCCUCGACGAGCUGAACCAAGCAAUGAGGGGCUGCAGUGACAUGUGCUGCGAGAACGCCCAGCUCGAGAAAGAGAAGGCCGAGCUCAGUACCAAGCUCGAGCGCCUCAUGCAAGCACAGAACACCACCACGCCAAGCUUCUCGUCAGAGCCGCGAGAUGACACGGCUACUGAAUAAAUUCAUUCUUAUCUUCACAUUUUAGCUACGAUGAUUGUUAUUAGUAUACCAAAUAAAAUAUGUUUUGAGGUGGUUUAUUUGGCCU